CUGAAGAGUAAUCCCGUGAAGAGACGUGAUGGCAGGAGUAGCCCAGCCCGACUUUAGGAGGAGUACUAGGGAGUAUACACAAGUAUUUACUGACUCUAAGCAUCUCAUUGGGAAGUAUGGUCUACAUAGGCAGGCUAUUAGAGACUUCCUGGAACAAUUCCAAGAUAAGGCUCUUAGUGAUGACAUAUGGGGCACGAAGAAGUACAUGACUCAACUGCAGAAGGUUGUUGAUGGUCUCAGUGACCGUGUUGAUAUCAGUUUGGAUGACUUACAACACUCUACGAUGGAGGAGGGCCUUGUGGAGGCUAUAAUGAGGAAUACUCAGAGGUAUCAUCUAUUCUUUGUGGAGGAAUGCCAUGCUAUCAUGCCUCAACCCUCGGUCCACUUCCAACCAAACCCCAACAGAGAUGUGCGAGCACAGAAUGAGUGGCGCGAAGCCGUCGAUGAUCACAUCAAUUCACAGAGGGCCCUAGCGGGUACUGCUGAUCCUCAGAAUAAGAUGCCUGAGAGGAUGAAAUGGGACUUUGUGGUAUACAUCCAUCUGCCCAAGGAUGUGGCCUCAACACCAUUACGUGAAGUCAAGUCAGGUAGUGUUGGUCGGUUCAUCAAGAUGGAUGGUGUGGUCACUAAAGCUGCUGGAGUUAAAGCUAAAGUCGAGGUGGCUACCUAUCUAUGUGAGACAUGCGGGGAGACAAUAUGGCAGGUUGUCGACUCGGAUGCUUUCAUGCCUAUAGGACAGUGCCCCACCCCUCGAUGUAAAACCAAUAAGACUCUAGGGACUGUAAAUCUACUAUGGAAGUCUUCCAAAUUCGUCAAGUAUCAGGAGGUAAGAGUGCAGGAGCCGAGUCAUGCAGUGCCGGUUGGGUCCGUCCCUAGGACUAUGCUAUUGGCAUUAACCCAUCAUCUCACUAGAUCAGUUCUCCCUGGUGACGCUGUGACGGUCAGUGGUAUAUACUUGCCUAUACAAAGGCAUGCGGCUUCAAGGAUGAGGCAGAGGGGACGAGCUAAGAAUGAGAUGUGUGCACGGUACAUUCAUGUAUUCGACAUAGAAAAGCAUAAGAAGGGUUAUGCUGAGCAAACAGAGGAAGCGGAGAUGUCCCAGAAGAUUGAUGAGGCACGAGAGGACCCUGAUAUCGUCGACAAACUGGCCCGUAGUAUCGCACCAGAGAUAUAUGGUCUGUCGGAUGUGAAGAAGGCUUUACUUUGCCUCUUGGUGGGAGGCUGUACUAGACAGAUGGGGGAUGGUAUGCGUAUUAGAGGGGACAUGCAUGUUCUGUUGAUGGGUGAUCCAGGUGUUGCUAAGUCACAGUUGUUGAAGCAUCUAUCGUUGAUAGCACCAAGAGCUGUGUAUACUACAGGAAAAGGAAGCUCAGGUGUUGGCCUUACUGCCAGUGUUCAGAGAGAUCCUCAGACCAAUGAGAUGACCCUGGAUGGAGGGGCAUUGGUGAUGGCUGAUAAUGGUAUAUGCUGUAUUGAUGAAUUCGAUAAAAUGGAGGAGUCCGAUCGUACGGCUAUUCAUGAGGUUAUGGAGCAACAGACGGUGUCUAUCGCCAAGGCAGGUAUCACUACUACAUUGAAUGCUAGGACGUCAGUGGUAGCUGCUGCCAACCCAGCUUAUGGACGGUAUAAUCCUAAGAAGUCUGUAUUGGAAAACCUCAACCUUCCAGCUGCCCUACUAUCACGUUUCGAUAUACAAUUCUUACUAUUGGAUACUGUUAAUGAGGAUAAGGACAUUGCCCUAGCCAGGCAUGUCGGUAAUGUACACAGGCUGGGAGAGGUCCCACAAGACCUCGACUUUGAGCCUUUCGGAGCCGAGUUCAUGAGGGCAUAUGUCCGCAGGGCUCGUGAAUAUACCCCUACUCUGGAUGCAUCCUUAGAGGCAGAGAUUGUGAAUCAUUAUACCAACAUCAGAGCUCAGGAACGUAGUGGUACUCAUGAUAAGUUGAAGACCUAUACGACCCCUCGAACUCUAUUGGCCAUCCUCCGUCUGGCUCAGGCUCUGGCACGGUUGAGGUUCUCUGAGGUUGUCCAGCGUAGUGACUUUGAUGAAGCCUUGAGGAUCAUACAAGCAAGCAAGGCGUCGGUAUCUGAUUCGGCUCAUAAAGGUGGUCACCAUAGGACACUUGACCCUGAAUCGAGGUGUUGGGAGGAUAUGUCUGAGUUUUUACGUCGGGUCCCUCCAGGUGAAUGGGCCUCGAUGAACGAUCUUGAGAGUUACGUGCAGAAGCGUGGCACAGCUACUCGUGAUGUAAUUCAGAAGACUAUCGCUGCCUAUGAGAGGAUUAACAUUCUUGGCGUCAGUGAGGAUAGAACGAAGAUAUGCAUGUUGGGAUGAUGGAGGCUACACAAUAUAUACUAACACAAAUAUUUGAUAUUAUCAUGCAUGCUUUGACG